AUGACAACAAACCACAGACCAACGUUAGAAAGCAAAAAGGGUAAAAAUAUCACUAUUCGAGACUCAAUAGUACAUGCGCGGUCUUUGCCUCAACUGCAGAAUCUUAAAUUAAGAUCAGAUAUACCAGCCCAUACUUUUGAUAGUGCUGUAACGGAGUUGAAAAACGGUAAUAGGAGAAGCGAUAGUAGCGGGCAAGACCAUAAUAUAGCUGCAUCAUUGCAAGCAAACAACGCUCAAGACGAUGCUACAGAGGGUGAAAGUAGUGAGGAUGAUGACAAUGACGAAGCAACUCCAAGCCUCAAAACCCUGGCUAACAAAGACCCACAUAAUAAACGCACAAAUCAAACUAUUAAGAGAAUACGAGAGGGUAAUGGUGAACAGAUCGAGCAUUGCAAAUUAAUCGACAAAGAGGACACCGAGGUCAAGACUUCUGUUGAGUUAUUAGAAGAAGGAAGUGAUGCCGAACCCAAGUUAAAAAAAUCACGAGUGAAAGUUGAAGCAGCAAUAGGUGGCAAACUCAAUAAUAAAUCAAGCAGUGGGGAUGAGGAAGAUGACGAGGAUGAGGAUGAAGACGAAGGUGAAACAGCUGCUUUGAUUGCUGAAAUAAACAGGAUCAAACAAGACAAGACAAAUACACCUAGUAUAGACUCUCCUUUUACAAGCCAAUUACCAAAUUCAAAUCAGAUGCAUAACCAAGACCUACCUCCAAAGAAACGUGGUUGGAGAAAACUGGCUAAAAGAUUCAACGACACAAAGGAAGACCAACACGCCAAUUUCACUACUGAUUCGUUAAAUUCACAAUUCCAUAACGACUUUUUGUCAAAAUACAUCAAAUAA